CAUACUCUUCGCAUCAGUCCAUCUCAGUGUAUUUGUGAUUAUUCGUUUAAUCGUGUAAUUAAGUUCGUUUUUACUUUACACUUUUAUUUUUUAAAUUUAUUCGAUCGUUUUUACGUACUACUUACUUUUUCUUAUUCUGUUUCGUUUUUAUUUUAACGAAAAAAUAUUAUUAAAAUGGCCGCUUUAUUCCAGAGUUUAACCAUUGUCGCCAGUCUUUUGGCCAUGUACGAAUGCGGUUACUUGGGAAGCUACCAAGGAUAUCCUAGUCCAGUAUUAUCUUAUGGUGGUUACGCAUCGCCGAAUUUAAUCGCAGCUCCGAUAUACACACCAUCUUACAGUCAUGGAUACGUAAAAGCUGCCCCGAUCGACUACUACGCCCCACCAAAAUACUCUUUCAACUACGGAGUAAAAGACUACCACACUGGUGAUGUAAAAGACCAAUGGGAACAACGUGAAGGAGAUGUAGUCAAAGGCGAAUACAGCUUAGUCGAACCCGAUGGUACCACCAGAAAAGUAACUUACACCGCUGAUGACCACAAUGGUUUCAACGCAGUCGUACACAAAAGUGGACACGCCAUCCACCCUGAAACCGCCCCUGUCUACCAACACGGAUACUCUUCUUACUACAGAUAAUUCCAUUGCAAUAGAUCAUAUGCCAACUUUCAUCCUAACUCAUGCUGUACAAUGGUUACCAAAUUAUACCUAACACAUUUUCCGACUGAAAUAAUGGCCAUGUGCGAAUAUGCGAACGGUACUAAUUAGGAAUAAGGAAAUACAUUUUUGAUUUGUACUCACAAAAUGAUCUCUGGAUUUUAUUAUUGUAAAUUGGUCAUGAAGUUUGUUUCAAAAUCAUAUUCUGUUACAUUAUACAUAAAUCUACAGUUACAUCCACAUAGUUUUCAUCAAUUUGAUUUUAUUGUUUUGGAAAAAAAUAAAUGAAUGAAUGUAUUUUCAAAUGUCUUGCGCUAUGCUCAUUAUAUAACUUUGUAAUUUUGUAUUUUUUUUUCUUCUUUUCUUUAUGUAAGAAUCCAUUAAUUUUGUAUUUUACUUUUUUUAUAUAUUUUUAUAAAUACAAAAUAAAGCAAGUUUUUAAAAUGA